AUGACUUCGUCUUUCCACAUUCCUGAACCACAAAACUACUACAUAUACUUCCUCCCUCUACUCAACACCCCAACAUCCCCAUCCACCCUUCCAAUCGCCAAUCUCCCUAUCCCGCCUUCCGCUUCAACCUCACCAAACCUCACACGCACAUGCUUCAGAUACCACGACCGAUCCGCAGCGUCAAUAUACGUCCCCGUCGCCGGCAGCGCCGCAUACGGAUUAUCCCUUACCGCCAAACUAGAAACAUUCAUGAGUACACCCGGCCCAUACAAAAGCCAAGUUCUGAUAUAA